AAAAAAAGUUACCCAUGUGCGUGUAUAGGUGAGGAUUAUACUAUAAUAAUACUCUAAACUGACUAAAUGUUCAUGUUUAACUUUCACACUAUCUUUGUAUGCAUUUAUUAAUUAACAGGCAAGUAUGCUGGUUCAAAACAGCACAGAUGUCCAAUCUUUCCUGCUCUCUUGGUUCCAGCACUACCUCAACCAAACCUGGAUCAUACCACCAGCUUCACCUACAGCUGACCUGCCGCCUGCACCUUUGAGUGCAGUGCAUAUCAAAGGCCAAAGCCAAGGGAUGAUCUACAUUCUACUCGUGGUGGGGUUCUUCAGUUUCUUCACCUUUGGCAUCAUGUUCAGCUACAUCCGCUCUAAAAAGAUGGAGAACUCACAGGAUCCUUACCACCAGUAUAUAGCCCGAGACUGGGCCAGUGUGCUGUCUCCUCCCUCUGUAGCCAUAACGCAGGCUCUCAGAACCAAGGAGCCUGUGGUUAUCGGAAACCCAGCUGCACUACAGCAUCUACCUGGGUGAGGAGUGCACCUGGAAAAGUAAUGGUGUUUACUACACAUUAACAUAAUGCUUUUAGAGUGAUGUCAAGGUCAGAUUAACUUAACAUUAAAUCGAAAUAUACUGUAUAGCCAAACGUUUGUGCUUCACGGCCCAGUGCUGAGGGGUCUUUUUGCAUUGGGCAUGAAAACCUUAGGCUCAUGCACAUCUGCUCCAGAGCAUCCCAUUCUGUUGGCAGUGCUUCUCUACAGAGAUUAUAGAAACUGCUAAAUGUGAAAGUAGCUGAAUCUACCUAUUAGGGGUAUCAGCAUACUUUUGGAUUUAUUGUGUAUCUGUAUUACUGCAGUAUCUGGUGUCACUAUAUCUGUCCCCUAACUUCAUCACAUUUGAUUGUUUAG